AUGAUAACAAAUUUAUUCUCAGUAUUUGACCCUUCUUCUAGUAUUUUUAAUUUAUCAUUAAAUUGAUUAAGAACAUUUUUAGGAAUUUUAAUAAUUCCUUCUAGAUAUUGAUUAAUACCUUCUCGUUACCAUAUUUUUUGAAAUAAUAUUUUACUAACUCUUCAUAAAGAAUUCAAAACUCUUUUAGGACCUAUAGGAGCUAAUGGAUCAACUUUUAUUUUCGUUUCAUUAUUUUCUAUAAUUCUUUUUAAUAAUUUUAUGGGAUUAUUCCCUUACAUUUUUACAAGUACAAGUCAUUUAACUUUAACUCUUACUUUAGCUCUUCCUUUAUGAUUAUGUUUUAUAUUAUUUGGAUGAAUCAAUAAUACACAACAUAUAUUUGCUCAUUUAGUACCUCAAGGAACUCCAGCAGUUUUAAUACCUUUUAUGGUUUGCAUUGAAACAAUUAGUAAUGUAAUUCGACCAGGUACUUUAGCUGUUCGAUUAACAGCUAAUAUAAUUGCUGGACAUUUAUUAUUAACUCUUUUAGGUAAUACAGGUCCUUCUAUAUCAACAAUUUUAUUAAGACUUUUAAUUAUUACACAAAUUGCUUUAUUAGUUCUUGAAUCAGCUGUUGCUAUAAUUCAAUCUUAUGUAUUUGCUGUUCUUAGAACCCUAUAUUCUAGUGAAGUAAACUAA